CAGAAAAAAAUCUUGUGUUACUUGUUUCUGGUGUUUGUGUGUGAAAUGAAAGGUAGAACGAUGUUGUUAGAGAGAGAGCUGGAAAUGGAAAGUGGUUGUGGUGGUGGUGGUGGCGGUGGUGGGAAGGGGAAGAGGUAUGCGUUGUUGAUGUGUGGGGAGGAUUCAGAGUACUUGUUGAAGAAGCAUGGAGGGUGUUUUGGGUUUUUCACAAGAAUGCUGGCGGAGGAAGGGGAGAGGUGGGACCUCUACAAGGUGGUGAAUGGUGAGUUUCCCCGUCAUGAUGAGCUGCCGUUGUAUGAUGGAUUUGUCAUUACCGGAAGCUGCCAUGAUGCACAUGCCAAUCACCCUUGGAUCCAUGACCUCCUCUCCCUUGUCCACACUUUGGAUUCCAUCAACAAGAAAAUCCUUGGCAUUUGCUUUGGCCACCAGAUACUCGGUCGUGUGUUGGGAGGGAAAGUGGGUCGCUCUUCAACUGGUUGGGACAUUGGUGUCACAACCAUGAAGUUGGCAUCAUCAUCUUCAAUAGCUCUGAACUUGCCAUCAGAGCUAUCCAUAUUCAAAUGCCAUCGCGAUGAGGUUCGAAAUCUCCCUCCAAAAGCAGAGAUAAUUGGUUGGUCUGAAAAAACUGGGAUUGAAAUGUUUAGGUAUGGUGAUCACAUGUUGGGCAUCCAAGGUCACCCUGAAUUCACCAUUGACAUCCUUUUUCACUUUAUUGACCGCCUCACUAGCCGCAAUUUACUCCAGGAAUGUUUUGCGGUUGAUGUAAAGGUGAAGGCUGCAUUGCAGGAACCAAAUACAGAGGCGUGGAAAAGACUUUGCGUUAACUUUCUAAAGGAUCGAUUAUGAUUAUGCAUUUUAAAAACUCCUUUAUAAUUGAUUCUAAUGACAGAAUCAAUUAUAUGAAGAAACUUAUGAGAGCAGUUUCUGAAUUUCUUUUAGAAAUCCAGUACAAAUUCUGAUCAAAUAGAAGUUGAUCUUAAUUUGCAAUAUAUAAGUGUAAGAUGUAAUGUGAUUAAUUGUAAGUAAUCUUGUGAUUUUCUAAUGAAUAAUCCUCCAGUAGUGGAAAGAUUAAUUUAUUAGAGAAGCAAGUCAACUCAUUGCUGCUUUAGACGUGUUAAAUCAUUAUCAACAGUUAAUCUAAUGGUUGGUAGUACCGUUAUUCCACCGUA